AUGAACCCCAGAAGCCAGUGUCUGCUUAUGCUCUAUUUUUUAGGGAUACCCAAGCGGCAAUCAAAGGUCAAAACCCCAAUGCUACUUUUGGUGAAGUGUCGAAAAUUUGUGGCUUCUAUGUGGGAUGGUCUUGGUGAAGAGCAAAAACAGGUAUAUUGA